AUGGACACUCUCUACUCGGCAAGAGCCUCGGUCUUGGUAAAUGGGUCUCCUACUAUUGAGUUCGAUUGCUCGCGGGGUCUCCGUCAAGGGGACCCUUUGUCUCCUUUCCUCUUUGUGAUAGCCAUGGAAGCCCUCACGGGUAUAAUGAAAAAAGCUGUAUCGGAUAGGAUAUUUAAAGGGGUCCGAUGUACAAACGAAGGCCCUAUUCUCUCACACUUCAUAUACGCCGAUGACGUUAUUUUUAUUGGCGAAUGGUCGAGUCACAAUGAUUUAAAUCUUCGCAGAAUUUUGACGUGUUUUUACUUGACAUCCGUAUUAAAAAUGUAUCUCUCCAAGUGUAGCAUCUUUGGGGUGGGGGUGGGGGAUCAACGGGUACAAGAUAUGGCGACUUCAUUACAUUGUAAACGUGGUUCUUUACCAUUUAAACAUUUGGGUUUGGUGGUUGGGGCGAACAUGAACCUUGUCAAAAAUUGGAAGCCGGUCGUUGAAGCGUUUAGGAGCCGUUUAGCACUUUGGAAGGCGAAGCAAUUGUCUUAUGGGGGUUGA